ACUAACAACAGAAACAAACUUCACUCUCACUCUCACAUCAAUCAACAAUGGCUUCCAUCACUAUCACCACCGUCACCACACUGUUAACAUUCUCUCUCCUCCUUUCUCUCUCCACCUCCCACCCUUCCUCCACCAUUCUCGACGCCGCCGAAAUCCUCUCCACCUCUGGUUACGAAGCCAUGGCACUCAAUCUCGAACUCGCUUCCCAAACUCUCCUUGCUCGCCGUCAAUCUCGCUCCUUAACCGUUUUCGCUCCAACUAACUUCGCCUUCAACCAGAUUCCUCAGCUUCCUCUCUCUCUUCUCCGUUACCAUCUCCUCCCUCAAGCUUUCUCUCUCCAUAGCCUCCGAUCUCUCCCUUUCGGUGCUAACAUCGCUACUCUUCUUCCCGGUCACUACCUCACCGUCACAACCACAAACCGUAGACUCUCCAUCAACAACGUUACCGUUAAUCCAACGCCGUUACUCGGUGACGGUUAUCUCAUCAUUUUCCAAACGGAAAGCUUCUUUGAUCCUUAUUUCCAGCUUCCUCGUCCUUCUUACGGCGCUUGUUUUUCUGCAAGAAACAUCUACGGCGCCGGUAACGGCCGCAGAUUCAGAUCGAAUCGGUUAAUUUCUGAUUCGUCGACGUUUUCUUUUCAAGAAGCAAGCAGUGCUUUGAGAUCGAGCGGUUGUUCUGUUAUGGCGUCGUUUCUUGAUAUGCAGUUUCUAAGUCUUAAAGAACGACCUGAUCAGGUAACGGUUUUUGCUCCGAUCGAUGCAGCUAUGGUGAGUCACAUCGGAAACGUGACCGGAUAUUCCGAUAUUCUUCGCCGUCACCUCGUGCCUUGUAAGAUCAUGUGGAACGAUUUGAUUACUUUGGAAGAAGGAACGUAUAUUUCGACUUAUCAGAGUGGAUUCACAUUGAAUGUUACUAAAUCAAGUGCUAAUAGUGAUUUGAUUUUGCUUAAUAAUGGAGUUCCAGUGGUUUUCCCUGAUUUGUACAACAGUGAUUGGCUUGUUGUUCAUGGAAUCGGAGAUAUUCUUUUGGAUACCACGGGAACAGAAGAAGUGAAGGUUCAGGCUGGUAAAUCUUCUACGUUUGAGAUUGAUCAUCAUAAUCAUCAUCAUCACGAGCAACCUCAUCAUCAUCACAAUCGUGCGCACAAUCCUUCAGGACAUUACCACUUCUCUGUUUUUCAUUAGGUGAUUAAUUCAUUACUAUAUUUGUUCUUGAGAUUUUGAGUUCAGAAUUUAGUUCGUUCUUUCCAUUUCACACACUCUUGCAACCAGGAUGAUAUGAUAUCUUGAUUCAGAAUUUAGUUUGUUCAUUCAAUUUCCAAUUGUGUGUGUGAACUGUUAUUACUGCUUUCAAUUUGUUAUCAGAGUGGAACCUCAAUAGAUUUUAACCAUUUAUGUGUUCGCCAAGAUCUAUUGCAUGUAUAGAUAUAUAAACUUACAUU